AUGGCGGACGGCAGACAACGGGCGGCCCAGCCUGCCUCGAAGGACUACGACGCCUCCUCUCUCACUCACGAAUUUGAACAGCUGAUGCGCACCAAACGAUUCAACCGCCUUCAAGAACAAUCUCGCUCACGUACUCAAUCAUCGUCACCGUCCCCAAUGUCGAGUUCAUCAAUUCCGCCUCCCUCGCGAGCUCCUCCACCACCCCCUUCGUUUGGCGCCCCUGCCGCCGUUCCCUCUCCAACACUAUCAACGACCUCAUCGGCACUACGCGGUCUCCCCAUCAUGCCAUCGCCUCCGCAAGAUGCAGCAUCUCUAAAGUUCUUCAAUUUACUGAAGGGUCUAUCGGUCACACCAACCAAAUACGAAAAUCCCGGCCUCCUGGAUGAGGCUUUGUGCGUCAUUCCUCUUGAUCGGUUGUAUUCAGAAGCCGAGGAGGAAUCCCAAAUCAUGCAAGCUCAGGCUGCCAGCGUCUCCGGGAAGGCGGAAUGGGGCUACCAAGAUUGUGUGAUCCGAGCAUUGCUAAGAUGGUUUAAGGGAUCCUUCUUCCAAUUCGUUAACAAUCCGCCGUGUUCAACCUGUCACAUGCCCACGAUCGCUCAAGGCAUGACUCCCCCGACCCCCGAUGAAACCGCCCGGGGCGCAUCCCGAGUUGAGCUGUACCGUUGUUCCGACAUUAGCUGUGCCGCCGAUGAGCGAUUCCCGCGUUAUUCCGAUGUGUGGCAGCUACUGCAAUCUCGACGAGGUAGAGUUGGCGAAUGGGCGAACUGCUUCAGUAUGUUCUGCCGCGCCGUUGGAGCACGAGUUCGUUGGGUUUGGAACUCCGAAGAUUACGUUUGGACUGAGGUGUACUCGGAACACCAGCGACGAUGGGUUCAUGUUGAUGCCUGCGAGGGCGCCUGGGACCAACCUCGUCUAUACACAGAAGGAUGGCAACGCAAGAUCUCAUACUGUGUUGCUUUCUCUAUCGACGGUGCGACCGAUGUGACCCGCCGCUACGUCCGCAGCUUCUCUCGACACGGAAGCCCUCGCACCCGCGCCCCGGAAGAAGUCGUUCUCUGGACGAUACACGAGAUUCGACGCAAGCGCCGCGAAAACAUGUCGAAAACUGAUCAGCGCCGCUUGAUCAAGGAGGAUGAGCGCGAAGAGAAGGAACUUCGCUGCUACAUGGCAUCUGCUCUGGCAGCAGAGAUCAACAACAUGCUUCCGCGAAGCCUUACCGGUCGUCCCGAGGACCAGAAACACCCAGGCGCUCGCCAAGAUGCCCCGACAGAGUUGCUUGGCGCUCGAAGCCAUGGUCACUCGGGCCCUGACCGUUCUCCCGAAGGACGGUAA